GAGCCCCAAGAAACAAAAGCCCUCGCUGAAACGAGCCGGCCCCAGGCUUCCCUUUGAAAUGGCCAAGUGCUUCAGACACAGAUGGGCUGGUUAGCAGGUCUGUGAGUGAGUGCCAGCUGCCCGCCCCUGGACGCCGGAGUUUCUGCUAGCAGGCCCAGUCCAGCAUACUGCUGCUGUGCACCAGCAGAGCGGGAAUUGAUGUGGGUCUUAGAGGCGGGCCAGUGCCCUUCCCAGGUCGGCUUCCAGAAGCAUUAGGACUCCAUAGGGAACAAGUAAGACUAACAGCUUGGACAGCUGUUGCAGAGGCUGAAGACCCUAGCUGGGAAAGGCGAGUCAAUUCAGAAGGGAAUCCCGGUGCUGGAAUCCGGAUCAGAGGCCGAGUUGGAGUUGCCCCUCCCCCAUGUCAAUUGACGAACACCUGGACCCAAUUCCUGACAGCUUCAUCCUGCAGCCGCCGGUCUUCCACCCGGUGAUUCCUUAUGGCACAACAAUCUUUGGUGGCCUGUAUGCAGGCAAGAUGGUCAUGCUGCAGGGUGUGGUCCCUCUACAUGCACAGAGGUUUCAGGUGGACUUCCAGUGUGGGUGCUGCCUGCAUCCCCGGCCAGAUAUUGCCUUCCACUUCAACCCUCGCUUCUACACUGUCAAGCCCCACGUCAUCUGCAACACCCUCCAAGGUGGACUCUGGCAAAAAGAGGUCCGGUGGCCAGGUGUCGCCCUGCAGAGAGGGGCUGGCUUCCUCGUUCUCUUUCUCUUCGAUAAUGAAGAGGUGAAGGUGAGUGUAAAUGGACAGCACUUUCUUCACUACCGCUACCGGCUCCCACUGUCACGGGUGGAUACGCUGGCUAUAUCCGGUGACAUCUUGGUAAAGGCUGUUGGAUUCCUGAACAUCAAUCCAUUUGUGGAGGGUAGCCAAGAGUAUCCAGUUGGAUAUCCCUUCCUGCUGUAUAGCCCCAGGCUGGAGGUACCCUGCUCACGAGCUCUUCCUCGGGGUCUCUGGCCUGGGCAAGUCAUUGUAGUUCGAGGACUGGUCUUGAAAGAGCCAAAAGAACAGAACACUGGCCUGGGUCUCCUCCUGGGGACGAAAGAAGCUGAUCUCAGCCCCCUUCCUCUUCCACCCCCAGCGAUUCUUCGAGGUGCUGCUUCUGUGCCAAGAGGGAAGGCUGAAGCUGGCACUCAAUGGGCAGGGGCUGGGGACCACCAGCCUGGACCAGAAAUCCCUGGAGCAGCUUCGGGAGCUCAGGAUCAGUGGAAGUGUCCAUCUCUACUGUGUCCACUGCUAAGAAAGGCUCCAAGGACACCCCAGCCAGAGAAGAGAAAAGGCGGCUGCAACCAGGGCCCCACAGUUAUAGCCCCACUCUGCUGUUCUCACAGGAGAAAUUACCCUGGCAUCACUGUGUCAGGCCUAGUUCACAUCUGCGUCACAAGCCUGAAUCUAAAAGGACACACACACACACACUUAUUGCAUUUUAAUCUAUCAAUUCUGAAAAUAAGGGCCAAGGUUAAUUUCUCUCUUCACCCGUCUUCCACAUGCAAAUUCUAUCUUGGUCUUCAUUCCAAAUAUUCCAUGGGGACCUGGGCUGAAACUCUAUCCAGGCCCAGCCACUGAGAAGGCAAAUAGAGUGUGAACAAGAUGAGCCCCAAAUCUGUGAUCAACACACACCAUCUGCACUCACCUUUUUAUCUACACUCCUUUUAUCUACAGUCACUCACUAGUUUGUGAAGCCUUUGCCCAAAGUGAGCAAAUAUCACAGCUGCUCUCAUGGCUUUGGCCAAAAGGAACCAGCCACAUCCCAGAAAAACACACUGAUGAUGGGGCGACAUUUUGGUCACCCAACCAUGUAAACACCAAUAAUCUCUCAUAAGAUUAUAAUAUAGUCUGAGUGGGCCAGAGAUUAUUCAGUCUAUGUUUCUAUAAUACACCCUGCAAUGUCCACACAAUGGCAAAAUAGCCAAAUAAUGCAUUUCUCAGAACUUGUCCUUGUCAUGAAGUGAUACAUGACUAUCCAGCAGAGCUGGUAGACCAGGAAAAAACUGAAUCUGUAGAGUGUUUGACUGGGACUAUUCCUGGAAAUAAAGUCUGGGCUCUCCUUUGAAUGGUCUGAAGACUCUGUCUCUUGGGAAUGCCUCUGUAACCCCAUCUACCUGCCCAGUGCUGUGGCAGGUCAUGGGUGGACAAUGCUGAUGAAGGAUAUGCUGUGUUAUACUCUAAGCAGAGAGCCAUUUCCUUCCCUUGUCCAUUUGCCAAGAUUGAUUAUGCACCUUUCAUGAAGGGAAAAAUCCUCAAAUAUCCAAGAGGAAAGCUUUUACUGCAAAUAUAUGUCUUUAUUGUAAUCCAGGGAAACUAGAAGUCAGAAAAAAAAGAUGGCUGAGAGGCAACCCCUAGACACCAAGACCCAGGAUUCUAGGAAGAAUCUGGAUCAAAGAAGAGAUGUCAGGUUGGUGGGUUGAGGUUACUUAUUUAACCUUCCAAUGAAAUAAACUAUAUUGGGAGAACUCUAAUAAUCUUAAAACUUUUGGAGUAAAAUUUACUUGGUGUUGAUGAAUCUUAAUAAAAAUUGUACAUUUUAUCCACUGAUAUUAUGUAUUUUGUAUUAUGUUCACAAAUUAAAUUGGCUUGUCAUUUUA